AUGGGCCUCAGCUUGACCAUCUUCUUAGCGGCAGGGGGGGAGGGAGCGGCAGGGCUGGCGGGGGUUGGACUGGGGGUAAUGUACGUCAAUGUUACAGGGGCCUCGCUGCUUGUGGGACUGUCCUCCGCGUUGGAGACACUCGCUGCUCAUUUCCAUGGAGCCCAGCAGCCUCGUCAAGUCUCUCUCGCCCUUCAGCGAGCCAUGGUCGUCCUUGGUGCUGCCUCCAUCCCUAUCGCCUUCUUUUGGUGGUUCGCUCCCAAUAUUCUCCACCUUUUGGGAGUGGAGUGGGAGGUGGCGCGUCUGGCAGGAAGCUUCUGCCGCUUCAUGCUCGCUGGGCUGCCUGCCAUGGGCGUCCUUGAAGCGCUUCGGAAGUACCUCCAAGCGCAGGGGAUCAUGCAGCCCUUCGUGUGGGCCUCCCUCGCCGCUAAUGUCCUUCACUUGGUGGGGUGCUGGCUGCUGGUGACUGAGGACGUGCUGGGGCUGGGAGUGGCGUCAGCAGCGCUGUCUCUCUCCCUCGCCUACUACGUCUCCCUCCUCAUCGUCCUCGCUGCUUGCAAGGUGUACGGCCUUCACAAACCGACGUGGCACGGGUGGGAUCGUGAGUGCCUCCUACACCUCGACGAAUUUCUCAAGCUUGCGCUGCCAGGAGGUACAGGCAUCUGA